CUAAUUUAUUAGACCCACUCUCGCUUAGUAUUCUCUUCAUCGACAAGAGAAAAAUGCAACUUUACAAUGCCCUCGUUUUCGGCCUUCUGCUCCCAUUCGCCAUUGCUUCUCCUGCGCGCGGAACAAGUAAACCAAAAAAUGGCCAGCAGGAAAUUUCCUACAACCUCCCUGCCGACCCUAAGGACGGCGGCUCCUGCCCUGUCAAUUCCAGGGAUGCCGUCGAUGGCUGGUGUUAUUUCGAUGUCUCCAUGAUAGCUUUUCAUUUUGGUCAGCCAGAGUCGGUACAAGGCAACAGCGGUCACGGUGGCAUCGCCAGGGCCCCUAUCCACCGCCGCGAAAACACCGCUGUAGGAAUCAUGUGCUGUGUUCCCAACAGGCAGCUGGAGCCGUUUGUGAAACAGUACAAAGCCCAAUAUAAGAGGGAAUACCCAACAUGGAACGGGCAAACAGUUCUCAAAGUGGGGUUCUUCAAAAACUCUGCGGGAACUAGGGAGCCCAGCAGAGGCUUUCGCGAGAAAUGUCGGGGCGGUUUUGGUGCCUUUGUCAAGGGCUGCAUGGAAGACCUUUCCACUGCCAGGCCUGGUUCAGGGCUUUCUGGGGCGUGGUUUUAGUGAGUGGAUGUAUUGGGUCGCACGUAGCAGAUAGGGAGAAUAUACAGGGCUCCUUGACAAUCUGAAAAUAAUUUACUUUACC